CCACAGAGGCGGAAGUACUUCAACGUACACAACGCUGGUGCUGGUCACACGUGGGUACGCAGGCUUGUCAGAGUAAUGUGGUAAGUUCAGUUUAUCAAAACAUGUCGAAGAGGCAGAGAGCUAUGUCAGAAGAAAACACCGCUUCUGAAGUGGGACAUGAGGAGGAGGAGGUCCAGGAACCGCCGCCUGAGACCAGACGGACCCGCAGCGGCCGCAAAGUGCGCACUCCUGCCGCACUGCUAGACUCCGAAGCCCCGGUGAGGACUCCCACCCGGAGAACAAGGAGGUCUGUCCUCCAGGAGCUGCCGGCAGUGGAGGAGAAAAACACGGAGGUGGUCGAGCGGAGACCCGAGAGUCUACCCGAGGAGGAGCUCAGCAUUGCCGCUGAACCGGAGCCGCACACCGAGGCUGCAGCGGACACACACACAGCCGAAGAUAGACAUCUGCCCGAGCCAGCACCGGCAGAAACAGCGCCCACAAGUACCGCGACCAUCCCCAAGAAGAAGCCUCGUUUGGGGUCAAGUGGAAACCAGAGCCCGGUGAUCCCGCUGGGAAAACCCAAAUCUGGGAGGGUGUGGAAGAACCGCAACAAACAGAGGUUCUCUGCAGUGGUGAGAGAUAAGCAGCUAUGCUCUUCUUGGGAAAAGAAGAUGGCAGCCAAGCGGGAGAAGGAACUGCUGAAACAGUAUUCUUUGCAGCUUAAAGAAGAGAAAGCCAAACAGAAAGAGGAUAAGAGGAAGAGAAGAGAAGAAAACUUGAAACGGCGCGCAGAGAACGAGCGCAAAGCGGAGAUUGUGCAAGUGAUCAAGAACACGGCAAAGAUCAAGAGGAUGAAGAAGAAACAACUGAGGAAAAUCGAGAAGCGAGACACACUGGCCCUGCUGCAGAAGUCACAGAAGCAGACUGUGAAAGCCAAAGGGCCAAAAAGUAAUAAGCUUGACCCUGUGACAUAAUAAAAAAUGCAUUUGUUCAGUU